CACCGGCAUUUAUUAGGUUUUGCUACAGUAUCUUCUAGUGUACGAAGUUCAGCCCGACAAGUUAGGUAGAACUACGCUAGUCGUUGUUUUUUUGGUGUCUGGCCUUCCAAUUCCCGGGAUCCGGUUCUAUACCGUCGUAUGCCGUAUUGCUCGCGUUUACUGCAUGGGGAACAUGGCUUUUAGCAUGGAUGACAGAAAGACAAAGAAAACCUAUUUAAGGGUUAUGAUGACCUCCGACUUGAACAUUGCAACAACAGAACAACAUUUUACCAAGGACUGAUUUUUCCUUUUCUCAAAUCUCCGACUCCCACUCGGCCGCUUUCAAGAUCUGUUCGUUUGCAAUAAUAAUGCUAGGACCCAACGCCCAAUCCGAGAGUGUUGCGACACCUUUCAACGAUGACUGGUCUUUCCGCUGCAUUUCUCCUUCCCCGUCUCAAACCCAAGAAUGGUGCCCUAUAAGCCUUCCCCAUGACGCCAUGUUAUCAGCAGGCUGCUCCGCAAAUGCACCAUCUUCUACCCACGGCGCCUUUUUCCUCGGCGGCUCGUACAUGUACCGCAAAACCUGGCACGUGCCCGAGUCUCUGCGUGGGAAGAAGACAUCCUUACUCUUCGACGGCGUGUACCGGCACAGCCGUGUGCUGGUUAAUGGGACAGAGGUGGGUGGGUGUGUGAGCGGAUGGACCGCUUUCGAGGUCGAUAUCAGCAUGGCAGUGAAAUACGGGGGGGAUGAAUCUAGUUGAAUUGGAAGUUGAAAAUGAGGGACAGCCGGGUGCGAGGUGGUAUACUGGAUCUGGCGUUCACCGGGGACCGAAGAACGGGUUGCUGAUCAACGGCGAGACAGUCAAGUUGCGGGGUGCUUGUGUCCACGCCGACAAUGGUAUACUUGGAGCCUGCAGCUUCAAAGCCGCAGAGAUACGUCGAAUGAAGU